GAUUAUGACACUCCGGACUGCACUGCAUCCCUUCAAAUGUCUGGGCCGGAGAUACUGACCAUUUAAUCAAGACGUAUAAGGAGGGAUCUUGGCUCCAGCAGCCGUUUCCCCUGCAGAGUUGAGCUCUUUGGCUGGCUUGCCACUUCCUCAACAGAGGGGCUGCUGGCAGGGGCAACAACAGAGCAGGUCAUGAAGCCUCAAGAGGGAGAGCUCGUCACUGAAAUCUCUAAGCUACAAUGCAUGGUCUCGGAGCUGAAGAUUGGGUUCUCCACGGCCCUGCUGGAGCUGAACCAAAUCCAGCAUGGAGACACUUACCUGAGGGAGGAGCUGGAGGAGAACAGGAGGAGCUGUCAGAAGAAAGCCCUUCGCCUGGAGGCUCUGGUCGAGUCUUUACGGGAGGAGCUUGGCGUGAUGCGCUGCCAGAUCCUGCAGCUGUACAGCAACAACAGACAGAGACCUCAGCAGGAUGGAAAAGCCUCGGCCACGUCCAAACAGAGAGAAAGUGAUCCAGGGGAGCCUGCUGGUGAGAGGAGCCGGUGCGACUGUUCCUCCGGGCGACCCGCCUGCCUCUCAAGGGGCAAAAUCCUCCUCCACUGUUACCUGCAGGGUCUGAAGGCCGGGCUGUGUGAGGGCACAGAUGCCCGACAUCAGGUGGCGAUGCAGCUUCUCCAAUCGGAGUGGGACUACGUGUCAACCUUGAACCAGCUUUACGACAAAUACAAGACGCCGCCGGCUCACCAGAUGAACAUGGAGCCAUAUCAGUCCUAUCUGAAGUUUGUGGAGCAGCUGCUGCAGCGCCACCUGCUGUUUAGGAACACCCUGCAGGAGCGGCUCUCUGCUGAACACUGGAAGUCCCUGGUUGGAGACAUCCUGGUGCAGCUCAUUGGCCAAAACGAUACAACUUUUUCAGAUAUGUACCUCGGAUACACAACCACCCUGGCGUCGUUCCUCUCACUGGAGUUCAACAGACUCAAUGUUCCUGACAAAACUCAAAAAAUGCAGAGCGGUCAGAUGGAGAGAGAGGAAAUGAAACUGCUGUCGUUGCUGUUGGCACCCGUCUCCCGCAUACACAGCUACCUUAGUCAUAUUCAGAAUCUCCUGCAGUGGACGGGCAAAGAGCACCCGGACUGCAGCCUGCUGCUGGGCACCGAGCGGGCGCUGAGGGGCGUCCUGACCCGCUGCCACGUGAUCCUGGAGGAGGACGUCCGAUGGGAGGAAGAAGAGGCAGCAGCGGGACAAAGCUGCUCUGAUGCUGUUGCCAGUGGAUCCUCUGCAAACUGUUGUGCCAGAAGCCAAGUCGGGCAAACCAGGGAGGCUCAGCCUCUCAGGGAGGAGACCAGCUCUGCCGCUCAGAGAGAGGACCAGCAGGCGGCCACCCUCACCAACGGGACCGGCGGCUGCAGCAGGAUGCAUCUGGAGUGCUGGUCCUGCAGCCCGGUGAGGAGGAGGGGCUGCGGGAGGGACCGAGCCGCCCAGAACCAGCCGUCCCAAGACUGCGGCCACACAUACCGCUCCCUGCUCUCCCCUGACGCUCCGGGAUGGGGCGAGAACAGCGACUCAGGCCAGGGCACCUACAGCCAGCCCACCGGGAAGGGGGUGAACGAGCUGGAGGCGCCUCACAUGAACCACAACCCCGAGGACUGUGAGACAGACCCCGAUGACACCUCGGCCUUCGACUACUCCUCCGUGACCUCCUGCAGCCCCGACGGGACCCUGCGCACCGGGGCGAUGGGCAGCAACAGCGGGGAGGAUGAGGAGGAGGACAGCCAGGUGCCGGUGCUUUUGAAACCCUCGUACAACCAGCAGCAGCAGCAGCAGCAGCAGCGGGACGCCCCCCGAGAGAGGACUGUGUGUCUGAGGUGGCAGAUCCCCAGGCUGACCCCCCACCCUCCUCUCAGAAAUCCCACAGGGCUGUGCGUGGACGGGCCGACCCCCUGCCUCGUCAGCUCCUACGGCAAGAGGCUGGUCAGCAUCAGGAAAGGAUCGCCUCCUCUCCAUCCGAAAAGUGCCUUCCGGCCCAUCUGGGACGACCCGUCCAAACUGGCGGACGCAGCGCCAGAGAAGGACAGCAGACAAGGCUUCAUCCCGAUUCAGGCGCCGGCGCGGCAAACUUUUCAGAGUUUCAACCACUGCAGGGAAAAUCUCAGACCAGGACUGGCUCAGCAGCGAGGCAACCACGCCGCAGCAGCCAUGGGCAGCGGGGGAUUGUGGGACGAGAGCGAGGACAGCGAGGGGCCCUGCAGCACUGUGUGAUGGACGCCGUCAGCCCACAGGACUAGAGGACUCAUCUCUUGAAAACUGACACAAGUUGUGAUUUAUAAACAUAUUCUGAAAUAUCAAAACCAGCUUUUGAGCUUCUACCAUUUGGACACGAAACUCUUCACUACAUUUUUACAAUGAAACAAAGACCACACAAACUUGUGACAUCGACUUUAGUCCAUUUUCUGUCAAAACUGAAACUAUUUUCGCAUCACUUUUCAAAGUAUGAAUGCUGUAGAUAUCAUUUUUCUUUGUUUCUUGUAUUCUUUG